UCAACUUUUCGGCUGUAAAAUCGCAUUCGCGCAGGUUACGAAAGAACCCAUCAUCUGUCUCUGAAGAACACUGCGCUGUGUCGCAUAAAGGAAAUCCAGAAGAAAAUUUGAUCACUCUGUGUCUCUGAAGUUUAAUUUCACACCCACAGCCUCUGUUUAUCAGCCUAUCUAUCUCUCCUCACAGAAUCGCGAGCUUGAUUGGAAUUUCUUUCUUAUGGGCGCUGCCUGAUUUGUGCUAUGGACCGGAAGGAAAAAGCAACAGCUUCCUUUCUCAAGCGUGUACUAGUGACUUGCGCAUCUCAGGCAAGACAAUAUGGGAGCUGUGUUGCAGCAAAGGUUCCAGAAGUUGAACGUGAUAUGUGUCUGAAAGAAUUUAUUGCACUAAAGUGUUGCAUGCAAAAUACGCUUCGAGGGAAAUCAUAAAUAUCUUUGCUUCAUUGAAGAAAAUAUCAAGAUCAUGAGUUGGGAAGCUUGUAGUAGAGCAGUUGGAGAAAUUUCCUCGUGACCUUGAAGAGAAUAUGUGAGGUUUGAGUGAAUAAGCUUAAUUUAGAUUGUAUAAAUUGCUUGAUUCUACUUUCAGAAAGAUUUUCCAAGGUUAAAAGGUGACUUGAUAAAAUGUCUGGAGGGCCAUCAAGAUUACAACCCAGUGCUGGUCUAAGCAAAUCAAGUGCUCUCUCGCAUGUUUAUAUACAAUAUCCACCCUUACGGUGUAGAAUUCCUGAACCAAGGGGCUUAUUUUAUGAUGAUGGAAAUAAGUUAUUGAUCUGCCUAACAGCAAGUCAGAUAUUCUCAUGGAAAACAGUUCCGUUUAAUCCUGCUGUCACUUAUACCCCUGAGGCGAUUACAGAAGGGCCCAUUUUAUCUAUUCGAUAUUCCUUAGACUUAAAGAUUAUUGCAAUACAAAGAUCAAGUCAUGAGAUACAGUUCUUGAUUAGAGAAACAGGUGAAACUUUUAGUCAGAAAUGUAGAGCAGAGUCAGAGAGCAUUCUGGGCUUUUUUUGGACGGAUUGCCCCUUGUGUAAUAUUGUAUUUGUGAAGACCAGUGGGCUGGACUUGUUUGCUUAUAAUUCUGACUCAAAGUCUCUCCAUUUGGUGGAGACAAAGAAAUUGAAUGUUAGCUGGUAUGCCUACACACAUGAAAGUCGGUUAGUGCUUAUGGCUUCUGGAAUGCAGUGCAAAACUUUUCAUGGGUUUCAGCUUUCAUCAGCAGGGAUGGUUCGCUUGCCAAAGUUUGAAAUGGUGAUGGCAAAAUCUGAUGCUUACAACAAGCCUGUCCUAGCUAUGGAGGACGUCUUUAUUGUCACCGCGUAUGGCAGAAUAUAUUGCUUACAAGUCGAUAGAAUCGCAAUGCUACUUCAUACCUAUAGGUUCUACCGUGAUGCUGUUGUGCAGCAGGGUUCUUUACCAAUAUACUCGAGCUGGAUUUCUGUGAGUGUGGUUGAUAAUGUGCUACUCGUUCAUCAAGUAGAUGCAAAAGUAGUUAUUCUUUAUGACAUAUUUGCGGACUCACGGGCACCCAUAUCUGCUCCACUUCCUUUGUUAUUGAGAGGUUUUCCGGGGUCCAAUGUUGAUAUCCGACGUAGUAAGCAAGAUAGCGACAGUCUAGAUGCCGAUUCAGUAACUGAUUAUGAGGCAAUAGUCUAUGGGGAUGGUUGGAAAUUUUUGGUCCCAGACCUAAUUUGUGACAACGUCAACAAAUUAGUGUGGAAGAUACAUAUAGACUUAGAGGCGAUUGCUUCCAGUAGCUCGGAAGUGCCAUCGCUUCUAGAAUUCUUGCAGCGGCGGAAAUUGGAAGUUAGCAAGGCUAAACAGUUGUGCUUGACCUUGACAAGGACUAUGAUUCUGGAGCACAGCCCAGUGCCCAUGGUAGCUAGGGCUAUAGAUGUUCUAGUCUCGUCAUAUACCCACUCUAGCAAAACAGGCCCCAACAUCAAGGAAUCAAAAACCGAUAGGUUUUCGCAUUCCGUUAUGGUUCAAGUUAGUGGUGCUGGCCCUGUAUCUGGUGCUAUUAACCGAGAUUCAACUGCUGGAGUAGAAAGCGAAGCUCUUCAUAGGACUUCAAUAUUUCCAUCUUCAGAUUCUGAGGAGAAUGCUGAUGUUGAACAACUAAAUACUGUUUCAGGUGACCAUCAAUCUACAGUUGGCCAGGAAAAAUGGAGAGGCACUACAAGUUCUACUGACGUUCAGGCAUCAUCUUCACAGUAUCAGCUUCUUGGGCCAGGAUGUAACCGGUUCAAUGACGAUGUGUCUGAUGAUGGCUCUCUGGUUUCGUCACCAGUUAUCUCACCUGAUGAGGUGUACAGCUUUGUUUUUGCCCCCAUUGAGGAAGAGAUAGUUGGAGUCCCAUCUUAUUUGCUGGCUAUAAUUAUCGAGUUCCUUCGCAGGGUUAAUAUGGAGAAGAUCAAAGUAAAUCCAAACAUUUAUGUUUUGACUGUCCAAAUAUUAGCCCGCAACGAACGGUACACAGAAAUUGGACUAUUUGUCCAGCAAAAGAUUCUAGAACCUUCUAAAGAAGUUGCUUUGCAACUAUUGGAGUCUGGUCGCCAUAAUUUCCAGACAAGGAAACUGGGUCUAGAUAUGCUUAAGCAGCUUUCUCUACAUCAUGAUUAUGUGUCUCUGCUUGUGCAAGAUGGAUAUUACCUGGAAGCAUUGCGUUACGCUCGAAAGUUUAAGGUUGACACCGUCCGCCCUUCAUUGUUUCUUCAAGCAGCUUUCACGACCAAUGACUCGCAACAUUUGGCAGCAGUUUUAAGAUUCUUGUUGGAUUUCACUCCUGGCUUCAAAAAUACCUCAGAUUACAGUAGAUACCAUCAAAUUCUCACUGAAAUGAACUCUUGUGCUUCUGCUUGAGAUUGCAGAGAAUGGGUCGUUUUAUCGAUCGCACAGCAGAUCAGACCAUGUGCUUUGGAGGCUCUUACCAUUUCUUGAGAUGGAAAUGUCUGAUGUUGUCAACAUCCCGAGAUAAUUACAGAUGAUGGUAAGUGCUUUUAGAUUAUCUUUGACCAUUUUUAUGGCCAAAAUGACACUUUUUUUUGGGGGGGAAUAUUAUUUGAGUUGAGUUGAGUUGUAACUAUAACUUAGUUAAGUAUUAGAGAAAAGGUCCAAGUAUAUUUGCAUUUUGGAGCUUGAAACAAGCAAACUAAUAAAAAAAACAAAAAAAAAGUUGUACA